GCAGAGGCGGGUGGGUGGACUCUGCCCGCGCCGCCCCGGGUCCUGCUCCGCCAAGCCCAUGGAGCCUGCGGCUGGGUGCUGGGAGCCUGCCCUCUGGAGGGCCUGCAACGGGCUCAUGGCCGCCUUCUUCGCGCUGGCGGCCUACGUGCAGGUGAACGAUCCAGAUGCAGAACUGUGGAUGGUAAUAUAUACGAUACCUGCAGUUCUGACCCUGCUUGUCGGAUUUAACCCUCUUGUGACAGGUCAUUUUCUCUGGAAGACUAUCUCUGCAAUACACAUACUAUUCUGCAUUGCGUGGGCUGUCUGCUUGGUGGUAUACCUCUUGUUUCAUAUACAUCAGAACAUCUUCCAUGAGGAAGAAGGCAGGGAGCUGUUUGGCCUGAUAAUUAUCACAGCUUGGAUGUGCCUAUGCUACAGUUCAUCAAAGCAUCCAGUCGGUGGAAGACUUCAGUUGGUUAUUGCCACUGUAAUCACUCUUUUCCCAUUUAUCUCAUGGAUCUACGUAUUUAUCAAUAAGGAGAUGAGGUCGUCCUGGCCAACUCAUUGCAAGACUGCAAUUUAAAGAAAGUCAGAAUUGUCUUAAUACAGUUAUUUUCAAUGACUUUUCAUAAAGAAACAUGAUCGUGAUGAAGCACUUUCACAGGAAAUUAUUGAAAGUUAGGUAGUACUAGUUUUUUAAAAAAAUAUUUUUCUUUCUUUAUUUUGAAUAAAGACAGGAACUGAGAAGGGGGAACUAGAGGGGGAGAGACAGCUGCAUCCUACUACUUCACCAUUUGUAAAGCUCCCCCUGCAGGUGGUUGACUGGGGACUUGAACCUGGGUCCUUGUGCACUGUAAUGCAUUCACUCAACCAGGAAUCCCACCACUCAGCCCCAAGCCAUAUGUAUGUGUGUGUGUAUUUUUUUUUAAAGAUGUAUUUACUUACUCAGCUAUCCAAAAUGAUGAAAUGAUUUCCUUUGCCUCAGUUUGGAUACAGCCUGAAGGUAUCAUGCUAAGGAAGAUCAUCCAGGAGAAGGAAAGGAAAUACCAGAUACUCUUAUUUAUAGGUGGAAAUUAAGAAAAAAGACAAAACUUGAAACUUGGACUAAACAUGGUCUGUUACAGCAAAGUCAAGGACUGGAACAGACACUGAUGGCAGAAAAAUGAGACAUUGUGGUCCGGGAGGUGGCACAGUGGAUAAAGCAUCGGACUCUCAAGCAUGAGGUCCUGAGUUCAAUCCCCAACAGCACAUGUACUAGAGUGAUGUCUGGCUCUUUCUCUCUCCUCCUGUUUCUCAUUAAUAAAUAAAUAAGUAAGUAAAUAAAUAAAAUAUGUUUUAAAAAUAAAGAUGAGACAUUGUGCCCUGAUAUAAUACAAUUAGAAAAAACUGAAUCAUGGUUAAGUACAAAAAAGAAAAAAAAAAGAGCAACAGGACAUAUAAUCAAUAAAUAUGUGGAACUAUAACUAGAUGAUAUGACAGGAAUGUCUGAUACUGUUUCAAAAUCCCUCAUAAUUAAGAAUUAAAAAUGGGACCAGAAAAAGAGUCUACCUGGAUAGUGGACCUACUUCUAUCAUGCAUGUGAGCCUGGGUUAAGCCUAGGCUCUGCCAAUUUGGAAAAGAUUUGGUGUUCUGUUAUCUAUCUUUCCCUCUGUAUUUUUUUCUUUACCUCCAAGGUAAGAGCUGGGGCUGGGUACCAACACUACAAAUUCACUGCUCCUGGUGGCUGGUUUUUUUUUUUUUUUUUUUCCAUUUUAUUGGAUAGGACAGAAAGAAUUUAAGGAGGGGGAGAUAGAGGAGAGAGAGAGAGAUACCUGCAGACCUGCUUCAUCUGAAGCUUCCCCCUGCAGAUGGGGAGCCAGGACCUCAAACCCUUGCACAAACCCUUGCAUUUAGUAUUAUGUGUGUGCUUAACUGGGUGCACCAUCGCCCAGCCCCCGGGGAAGGAUUUUUUUUUUUGCCUUCAGGGUUAUUGCUGGGGCUCGGUGCCUGCACCAUGAAUCCACUGCUCCUGGAGGCCAUUCCACCACCACCCCCCCUUUGUUGCUGUUGUUGUGGUAGCCUUGUUGUGGUUAUUAUUGUUAUUGUUGAUGUCCUUUGUUGUUGGAUAGGACAGAGAGAAAUGAAGAGAGAUGGGGAAGACAGAGAGGAGGAGAGAAAGAUAGACACCUGAAGACCUGCUUCACUGCCUGUGAAGUGACUCUCUGCAGGUGGGGAGCCGAGCUCGACCCUACGUUGGUCACGCCACGUGCACUUAACCCGCUGCGCUACUGCCCAACGCGGGAAGGAUUUUCAUAGACUUCCCUGUGAAGAGACUCAGCAGCACCCGAGCUUACCCCAGCUUAGCAAAGUUUGCUCAUGUGCAUGACACGCCAGGGCCCCUCCCAGAUGUGUCUAAAUAACUGAAAUAAAACUGAAUAUGAGAACAAAUAUUUAAUAACGAGAGAGGAAGUAGAAAAUCUGAGCACUGAAGGGUAAAUUAAUCUACUUUCCUAAAAGCCCAAACAAGCCAUGUCAGCAGACACAGAACUGCACUGGUUAGAGUCCUAAGACUUUGAGGAAUUUCUUACACCCUCAUGUGUG